CCAUUUAUGUUAGGCGCAGUAAUUGAAUUACAUUUGAAGGGUAUUCUUGAGUCAUUACAGAAUGACUGUAAAUCGAUUUUUACUCGUAGUAAUAUUGAAAAAUUGUUAAAUGAUUUCUAUGUUGAUAAUUGUGUAACCAGUGUAAACUCGACUACUCAAUUAAAUGAAUUUAUGUAUCAGGCGAGGAAAUCGAUGGAGCUUGCAGGUUUUGAUCUUCGCGGUUGGGAAUAUAAUGGUGAUGUUUCCACAGAGAGUAUCACUCCGGUUUUAGGCAUUAUGUGGGAUAAGAAACGAGAUGUAUUAUCUUUAAAUGUUGAAAAUUUAGAAAAUUUAGAUUUACAGAAAAUAACUAAAAGAGAUAUUUUGUCUUGCGUACAUCGUAUUUUUGAUCCGUUGGGUUUUGUUUGUCCCGUAACACUUGGUCCGCGGAUAUUAUUGCAAGAAGUAUGGGCAAGAAAUCUCACGUGGGAUGACGACGUCGGUACUGAAAUUAAAACUCGCUUUAUAAAAUGGUACGAGGGAAUUAUUGAAUUAAAUAAAGUAGAGAUACCGCGUUGUCUCAUCGGAGGAACGGAUUCGCACGAUGAAAUUAGUUUGCAUACAUUUUGCGAUGCAAGUAAAUCGGCAUACGCGGCUGUUAUUUUUAUUCGCAUAAAAGAUAGUGAAGGAGUCAAAGUUAGAUUCGUACAAGCUAAAUCGCGAGUUUCUCCUAUGAAAAGUAAGGAAAAUGUACGUAAUAGUAUACCACGUUUAGAAUUAUUGGCGGCAAACGUUGGAGCGAGAUUGGCUGACGCUACGACAAGAAUGUUAAAUACAAAAUUUGUAAAUCUUCAUUUUUGGUCAGAUUCAUCGACGGUAAUAGCGUGGAUACAUCGUGAACACAACUGGAGUACAUUUGUUCAUAAUCGUGUAAAAGAAAUCCGCGAAAUCUCAGAUCCUAAAUCUUGGCGGCAUGUUCCGGGUAAUUUGAAUCCCGCUGACCUUCCUUCGAGAGGGUGUACUGUAGAGCGUUUAUUAUCAUCGCAUUGGUGGGAUGGGCCGGAAUGGUUAUAUAGAGAUUCUGAGGAUUGGCCGAAUAGUAACGUCGAUCUAUUGUAUAAUGAGGAAGAAAUACAAUCUGAAUUGAAAAAGAGUGCAAAGCAUGGCAACAGUAGUUGUUUAGUUGCAAUAUCAGCUGAGCCUAAAUUAUUAAAAGUUUUGGAAAAGUUUUCGAAUUAUUCUAAGGUUUUACGUAUAGUUGCAUGGAUAAAAAGAUUUAUAAACAAUUGUAGGAAUAGUUCAGGUAAAUUACAUGAAGACAGUCUAGGCUGUGCGGAAAUUAUGGCCGCAGAGAAAAGCGUAUUAAAAAUGUGCCAAGAAAAUUUAACAGAUUUUGAGAAUAGAACCAAUAAACAGUUUAUGUUAUUUACGGAUGAAGAUGGUUUAGUUCGCGUAAAAACAAAAAUUGUACUCAGAGAAGAUUCGUUUAAUUUCAAGUGUCCAUAUAUUCUACCCAAUAAUAUUAGUAUCAUUACUUUGAUUGUAAGAGACAAACAUGAGAAUUUAAAUCAUGCUGGUGUACAGAUUACAUUAAAUUCAUUAAGAGAGAAGUACUGGAUAUUAGGGGGUAGGCGAAUAAUUAGAUCCGUAAUUAGAAAAUGUGUAGUAUGUCGUCGUUAUGAGGCCCAGCCUUUAAAAUCGGUUCCGGCACCACUACCAUUAAAUCGCGUUAGGGACGCGGCGAUAUUUGAGGUGAUUGGUAUAGACUUUGCCGGGCCAGUAUAUCUCGAAAGCGCGAAAAAGGCUUGGAUAUGCAUUUUCACAUGUGCAGUUUUUAGAGCUGUGCACUUGGAGUUAGUAAAUUCAUUAAAUGUAGCGGCAGUACUCAUGGCACUUAGACGAUUUAUAGCUAGAAGGGGCAGGCCCAGCAUUAUCUACAGCGAUAACGGUACAAAUUUCAAGGGGCUUAAUAACGAAUUAACCAAAUUAGACUACAAAAAGUUAGGAAGUACCGUUGCACUACAAAAAAUAGAAUGGCGAUUUAAUCCUCCCACUGCGGCGUGGUGGGGAGGAUUUUGGGAGCGCCUUAUAGGAAUUCUGAAAAAAUUAUUACGUCGGACCCUUAGAAGAACAAGUCUGGAUUAUGAGGAAAUGUCAACUGUUUUAGUCGAUUGUGAGGCUAUAAUUAAUUCAAGACCGAUAACAUUUAUGUCAGAUGUUGAGACUGAGUUCAAACCAUUGGCUCCAUCGGAUUUCUUACAGGAAAUAAAAGAGAUAGGGGUUUUGGACUUAGAUAUUAUUGAAACAAAUAAAAUAAAUAAAAGGUUUUUCCGUUAGAAUUAAAUUAUGACAGUGUUAACAAUUGCGUGAAAAACUCUGUGCAAGAGGAACAAGACAUAUCGGAAAAUAAAGUCCAAUGUAUCAAAUCAAUUGAAGGUAAUAAAGAGAAUCCAGUUGAAUGUAAAGAACCCUAUGUAACUAAGACUGGCAGAAAGGUUAAGAAAGUCGAACGAUUAAUGUAUUUUAAUUAGUCACUAGUGUUAGUUACGUUUAUUAUUAAUGUUUUUUUGUUUUUUGAGAUAAAUAAUGCGUUUUAUCUCAAGGUGGGGAGGAUGUUGAAUUUGUAAGGAUUUAGUUGUUUUUUUUGCAUGUUUUGUCAUGUCUGUUUGAUACGAGCGGUGUCUAGCUCAAAGGCAAGUGCCGCGCUGGGGGCUGCGAUGUCUUGCACAACAGCAUUUGUGUUUUUGAUUUGUUUAGUCUACCUAUCGUGGUGGAAAUAAGAAUAAGUAAAAUUUGCUAUGUUUAGUUUAGUCAGUAAUAGAUAGUAGUAAGCACAACAUGUAUUGAAGUAGUCUUGUUUUCCGCAUUUUAAAAUAUAAAAGUUAAUUCUC